AUGUUCCUUCGUCUGUCCUGUUUGCUUCAACCAGGUAUCGGUAAGGAAAUCCAGCAGCCUCAGCCCUUGAGCAAGCAAGAAGGGGCCACUGUUACUUUUCAAUGUCGUCGCCCUUCACCAGAGGACUUGUCCAAAUCUACCUUUGAUUUCAAGCCAGCUGAUGAAAACUUCAGAAACCAGCGCAAUGACUAUAUCUACUCUUAUAAAGAUGGAAAGGAGCAUCCCCAGCCACAGAUGCCUGAGUUCAUCAACAGGACAUAUCUCAGCUAUGAAGACCUCAGAAAAGGAGUUGGGUCUAUCACGAUAACACAGCUGCGUAUAUCUGACAGUGGGAACUACAAAUGGUUCUUCCCAAAACUCGGGCUCACCUGUAUAUAUACACUUACUGUUGAAAAAAGAGACUCCAACAAUAGGCAAGACAAAAGUGAUCCCAACUUAACAAACUCUCCAUCUAAAGAGGCGACCACUCCAGAUGGAGGUGCUCAGUGGAGUAAGGUCCCUGUCCCUGUGAUUGCUGUGAUCAGUCUCAUUGCUGUCCUCAUUGCUGUCCUCAUUGCUGCCCUUGCCAUAAAGCCUGUGCGUGUACGGCUGUGUCAUGGAUUAACUGCUAUUUCGGGGCGGUUCAGAAGCAGAAACGAUCAACCAAACUCACCUGAAAGGACACCAAUGAAUGGAUCUCAGCCGAUGGAUGAGCAUGAAAACACCAACGGCUCCUCUGUUUAGAAAAAAAACCUUCACCAGCAUCAUCCUUUCCUUCUUCUUGUGUUCCAGUGGAUAAAAAAUCAGGAGGGCAGUGCAGAUGUCACAAAUUUUAACUCACUCUGGAGGACCCCGAGGCUUUCCUUGUUUUCAUGGGUUUAAGCCCUGCAGACUUUAUAGUAUUACUAUUUCAUCAAGUGUUCUCCAGCAGAGAGGCAUAACUUCAGGCUUGAGACAAAGCUGCAGUUCAUCCCAGUGGAGUCAGAGAAAAUCUGUGGAUGCAGUGCUACUCAAGAUUAUUGCCAAUAUGCUUUUUAUUUAUUUUUGGCAAGAAUUCAUAUUAUUACUAAUGUCAAAAAUGUGUAUUUCGCCACGGAGACCUGGCUUCACCCGCUAAUCCCCAACGCGGCAAUCCAGCUAACGGGCCGCACGACUCACCGGCAUGACAGGAAUAAAGACUCAGGCAAAAGCAGAGGUGGGGGGGCUGUGGUUUACGUUCAUCACAACUGGUGCCACAACAGUCAUUAACACUCACUGUUGUCCGGGUUUAGAGGUUCUGCCCAGCUGGCCUCCGGCAGAAGGAUCCCCCCCUUAUGGUCCUGGUCCAGGUUUUCUUCCCUCCUAAAGGGGAGUUUUUCCUUGCCACUGUCAUGGAAAAAUUCAAACAUUAUAUACUUUCUAACAAAAGAUCAACAGCUGUUUUGAUGCAAAAUACUAACGGGGGCCAGCUGCGAGAGGGGAACUGAUAGUGGGGGUAAAUGGAGGAUGUGGAUGCAGAUGAAAGCUGUUGGUGUUAUCUAUUUUGUACUGUAUGUGUGACACCCCUGUGAGGGAGUGGUCACAAUAAUGUGAUUUUGGUGUUAAGAAUGUGUACAUGUGUACAAGAAUGUGAAGGGACACCUUCGUUAAGAUGUGUAUUUUAUUUUUAUGUAUUUUAUUUGAAAUUGAAUAACUCUUGUGAAGAGAAACUUUUUAU